GGGCUGGCCCGGCUGCCAGGCUGCCUGGGCAUCCUUCCCGUCAGCUCUCGUCCUGGCAGUCCCUGCCACGGCGUCUGGUGGAAUACUUGUUUCCUGAUAUUGUAAAGUCUGUUUCUUUAUGUCUCCCCUACGAAUAACUUGAUGGAUUGGAAUUGCCUCAGUGCUUUUUGUAUUCCCAGCAACUGGUAGACACGUUGGCUGUGGUCAAAAAGUGGCUGAAUGAGUUUUGGAGAAGAUAAGAGAGCAAGCGGACAGUCGUCUGGGAUGGGCCACAGUCACGGCAGAGGGUCUGGAGUUCCGAAGUUCCUGCUGCUUCAGACGAUGGAUGAGCAAUCACAAGGGAUGCGAGGGCCGCCUGUUCCUCAGUUCCAACCGCAGAAGGCCUUACGACCGGAUAUGGGCUAUAAUACAUUAGCCAACUUUCGAAUAGAAAAGAAAAUUGGUCGCGGGCAAUUUAGUGAAGUUUAUAGAGCAGCCUGUCUCUUGGAUGGAGUACCAGUAGCUUUAAAAAAAGUGCAGAUAUUUGAUUUAAUGGACGCCAAAGCACGUGCUGAUUGUAUCAAAGAAAUAGAUCUCCUUAAGCAACUCAACCAUCCUAAUGUAAUUAAAUAUUAUGCAUCAUUCAUUGAAGAUAAUGAACUAAACAUAGUUUUGGAAUUAGCAGAUGCUGGUGAUCUAUCCAGAAUGAUAAAGCAUUUUAAGAAACAAAAGAGGCUAAUUCCUGAAAGGACUGUUUGGAAGUACUUCGUGCAGCUGUGCAGUGCGCUGGAGCACAUGCACUCUCGCCGAGUCAUGCACCGGGAUAUAAAACCAGCUAAUGUGUUCAUUACAGCCACUGGGGUGGUCAAACUUGGAGAUCUUGGGCUUGGUCGGUUCUUUAGCUCCAAAACCACAGCUGCACAUUCUUUAGUGGGUACACCUUAUUACAUGUCUCCAGAGAGAAUACAUGAAAAUGGGUACAACUUCAAAUCUGACAUCUGGUCCCUUGGCUGUCUACUGUAUGAGCUGCGGCAGUUGGUGAACAUGUGCAUCAACCCAGACCCAGAAAAGCGACCAGACAUCACGUAUGUGUACGACGUGGCCAAGAGGAUGCACGCCUGCAUGGCCAGCAGCUGAGCGCAUGGGCGGCGUGGAGGACGUAAGCAACACAAGUUCAAGUGUUUCUGUGCAAAUCAUACCUCCCUCUUCUCGAGUGUUAAGAUUAAUAUUUCAGAGCUAGUGUGCUUUGAAUCCUUAACCAGUUUUCAUCUAAGCUUCAUUUUGUACCAAUUUAAGUCACCUUCUUGCAGACCCCAGUGACUUUGGAAUAAUCAGAUUCUGUAUUAGGAGAGCAAACGGAACAUGAUGGUUUUUCAUGGCUAAAGAUUUUUAGAAUUAUUUUGAGUUUUGUGCUGAUAAGUCGUGUUCAGAUAGACUCUCAGUGCCAAAUGUUGGCGGCUCGGUUUGGCCCCAUUGGGACAGACGUGCAGCCUGAGGAAGGUAUCUGAACAUGUGCCUUGUGUGCUGCUCUCCAAUCAUUUAUGGACAUUUGAGAUGAACACAAUUGUGAACUUUCGUGAUUAUCUUAUCUUUAGAAGUUUGAAGUAUGUGUUUUAGUUCUUAGCAUUGUAGCUUUCAAAUAGGAUUCUUACUCAAAGAUAAAUGUAGACAUAUGAACUACUUGAGAGCAUUUAAAACUCAUAGAUUUAAAAUAGCUUAUACAUUCAAAAUGCAACUAUUAAAUGUGAAAAGAUUUGGGGAUAAAAUGUGAGUCAGACACUGAAGAGUUUUCUGCUUUAUUUUGUUUUAUUUUAAUAUCUUUGAAAUUCUCUUUGCAUUAAAGUGGUAUAAAUGAAUCCAUUUAAAAAGUGGUUAAGGAUUUGUUUGGCUGGUGUGGUAGUAAUUUUCCAAGUUGCACAUUGCCCAAGGCUUUUUUGUGUGUUUUUACUAUUGUUUGUACAUUUGAAAAAUAUUCUUCGAAUAAUCCUGCAGUACUAUUUUCAAUUUCUUUAUAAAUUUAAAUGCUCUACUCAUGAUUGUACACUAUAGUGUAAGCGUAUGUUUUUAUUCAUAGAUUUUAUUGAAGUUCUGAUUGAUCCCCUUCAGAAAUUUUUUUUUAUUCUUCAAGUUACUUUCCUAUUUAUAUUGUACAUGCAUUUUAUCCACUAAUGUUUCAGAUUUUCUGACAACAUAAUAACCUUAAAAAAUAUUUGAUAUACCAACACUUUUCCUGGAUUGAAAACAUUUUUUUGUUCAAUUUUGAAAAUUUGGGCCACUGUGUAUGCACGUGCCUUGUCUUGUUAGGAAGAGGGAUGUGCCUUGUACUGUAGCUGUGAAUGUUGUUACUGUUUCAAUUUAUCCGACAAGGUUGUAACUUUAGAAUAUGUUUAAAGAAAUGAAAACUGGCCACUAUCACAAACAGAAUUUUUAUGAGCUAAACAUUUCUAUUGAGAAGCUUUUAGGCAAAGUACUGUAUUCAUGCAAAAAGAUAACAGAGUGGGUGACACUUCGUUUAGUUUAAGGAAAUGGGCAGAGUUUAGUAAAUGCUGUCAUGGAGAUGUUUUCCCUGAAUGCCUUCAUGUUAGUGGUGACCAGCUCCUCCCAGAGUUGUGAAGCCAAAAGGCUGCGUAGCAGUCACUGCCUAAGGACGCCAUGCCACCAUGUAACCUUGGGACAAUAAUCCUGCCAACAGGAAACCCUCAUGCUCAGAGAACACCUACCUUUAGCCCAUAUAACUGCUGGUUUUAUUUUUUCCACAGAAGUAUUUUUCUUAAAAUCAUUUGAAUACUUCCAAGUCAUUUGUAAACUUUAAAAAUGUACAAAGGGCAAAAGUGUAAACUGUUUUUCUAAAUUUAGUCAGCUACAGUAUCUUAAUCAGUUCUGAAUGGAGGGUAAUUUUAUCGCGGGACAGACAGAGGAGAGCUGGUUAUUCUGUAUGUGAGGGCCGGGCAUGCCGUUUCUCCCAGAUUCUGGUGACCUUGACCGCACUGGAUACCCGCACCCUCCUCUCCAGAGUGACGGGGGGAAUUGUUUCUGUUGACCGUUAGUGUCAUAUUCAUUUUAAUGUAAUAUGAUUCAUGGAGAUGAAAUGUUCUCUAGUUGGAACAGAUGCAGUCCUUUCUCUUGCAGUCUUUAAAGACACAUGGAUCUAAAAGUCAUCAGCUUAUUAACCCGUCACAGGACUUCUCAGCAAAGAUUUAAACUUUUCUUCUAAGUGAAUCUAUCUGGUGGAAGGAAAUAGUUGGGAAGAAUUUAUUGGUCAGGGAAAUCCAUUAUUGUUUUCUACAUAUGGAAACUUUGUUUUGGAUAUUGUAUCUUUAAGUGUUCAUAUUUUUCUUGCAGAAACCACUGCACAUAACAAAUUUUAAUUUUGAACGGGAUCAUUUCAAAGAAUUAUGAAGAUUAAUUUUUAUAAUCACCUAUAAAAUGUUCUCUUUGUAUUUCUAUUUAUACGUAAAUUUUGUAUUAAGUAAAACAUUUGAGCUGAUAUGAGGAACAGUAAAAUGAAAGGUACAUCUGAUUCUAACCCUUAUUUUAGACUUUGGUACCAGUUCCCCCGGACACAACAUGGAGUGACUUUGUUUCAUAUGCUGAGGUUUAGGAAUGGUGGAUGAAGCGUAUCCCUUUAUAAGUAAAGCCCUCAGCAAUGUGCAAUGAUUGUGAAUUUAGUAAGACAGGACAGCCACUUCAUGACCGCUUACCAUUCUACAUAGUGUCUAUUACAAAACACCAUUCUUGUAUCAACAUACACUUCAGGUGUUGCUGUUAACAUUUGCAUAUUUAUUUUAACCAAAAUGUUAUUCAUAUUAAAUGUUUUUUUCUUUAAAAUGAAUGUAUUAUGUUUAUAACCCACGAAUGCAUAAUUAUCAUAUGCCUCCUAUUUCAAUAGUACUGUAAUACGGACUUCUUUUGUGAAGUACUUUUAUUUUGUUAUGCUACCAAUACACAUACUAGAAAGACUCUGUUGUUAGCUUUGAAAAUUGUAUAAUAUCCUAAUAUAAAUAAAAAUAUAAAAUUGAAAAAUAA